GUUAUUUCCGUGACACGGUUGGUUUUGGGCCCAAUCGCUACCACUUCGGAACGAACGGUCAGCCUACUAGGUUUCCAGAUGAUCCUUAUGACCGUGUGUGGCAGAGUGAUGAGUAGUGCAUCCACUCCAGUUAACGCCUCAAGGAUGGAUCUAUCAUGGAGCUCGGAUUCAUCCAUGAGUGUUGGUGCUGACCCCAACUACUUUCUUGUACUCUACUUUGCUGAACUGAACACCUUGCCAGGGUUAAGGCAAUUUGAUGUUUAUGUGGAUAACUACCAAAUAGCCUCUGCAUUCAGCCCAAAAUACAUGCUGGCUACUGUUCUCUCGGAGUUUGUGCAAGGCUCAACCGAGCAUAUUCAUAACAUCUCGCUUGUGGCCACGUCAAACUCGUCGCUUCCGCCUCUCAUCAGCGCGAUGGAGAUAUACAUAGUGCAGCCAGUGAAUGAAUCUAUGACUUAUGCUUCAGAUGUCGACAGCAUGAUGACCAUCCAGACGGAGUUCUCUGUUAAAAGAAAUUGGGUUGGUGAUCCAUGUGUGCCUAAAUCUUUUGCAUGGAAUGGCUUGAAUUGCAGCUAUAUUCCCAGAAGUCCUCCAAGAAUAAUAGGCUUAAACAUGUCAUCCAGUGGAUUGGUCGGUGAAAUUGAUUUAUUUGGUCGCUUAGAUUAUCAACUCCUGGAUCUAUCGCACAACAAUCUGUCAGGAUCAAUACCUGAUUGGGGUCAAGGGUCACCAUUUACAUUUCUGGAUCUAUCUCACAAUAAUCUAUCCGGAUCAAUACCUUCUCUGAGUCUAGAUCCAACAUUUGCAUUUAUUUUCUUCAUCUCAAAUAGGGAUUUUUCGAGCAACAACCUCAGUGGACCUAUUCCUUGUAAUCUUCUAGUACAAUCUCAGGGAGGGUCAUUGACACUAAGGGUCGAUGACAACCCAAAUCUUCGUGGAGAUAAAAUCUGCAAUAAUGGCCUAGAAAACAAGAACUUCAAACUUCUGCUCGAGAUUGUGCUUCCAGUAGUUGCUGCAAUAGUUCUACUGUUUGUGGCUGUACUUGUGCUUGUCGUGUUGCCCAGAAGUAAGAAAAGACCAGUGCUUAUGCUGCGUCCAGAUGUGGCUCAUUCAUCUAACCCAUUAGAGAACCGGAGGUUCAGUUACAAAGAACUCAAGCGCAUCACGAAUAACUUCAGAACUGUGGUUGGGAAGGGUGGUUUUGGACCUGUCUAUCUUGGCAGUUUGGAAAAUGGAACUCAUGUUGCUGUCAAGAUGAGAUCAGAGACAUCUUCUCAAGGGAAUACCGAGUUUCUGGCUGAGGCUCAGCAUCUGGCCAGGGUUCAUCACAAGAAUUUGGUAUCAUUAAUUGGCUAUUGCAAGGAUAAUAAACAUCUAAGCCUUGUAUAUGAGUACAUGGAGGGGGGAAACCUACAGGACCGGCUGACAGGUCAAGAACCUCUUAAUUGGCUGCAGCGCCUUAAGAUCGCACUGGACUCUGCCUACGGACUGGAGUACCUGCACAAAUCCUGCAGCCCGCCAUUGAUCCACAGAGAUGUGAAAACUGGAAACAUCCUCCUUACAGCAAAUCUUGAGGCAAAGUUAUCAGAUUUUGGGCUGACAAGGGCAUUCAGCAGCGAAACGAUGACACACACGACCACCCAACCUGCUGGUACCCUUGGAUACCUGGAUCCAGAGUACUAUGCCACCUAUCAUCUGAGCGAGAAGAGUGAUGUGUACAGCUUUGGCGUCGUUCUCCUGGUGCUCAUCACAGGCCAGCCGGCGAUUAUCAAUAUCAGCGACACAGAGAGAACCAAUGUUCCGCUUUGGGCGCGCCGCAUGCUCUCUGAAGGCGACAUCGACAGCGUGACCGACCCGACGAUAAGAGAAGACUGCGACAUCAACUCGGUGUGGAAGGUGGUGGAGGUAGCCCUGCAGUGCACGGAGCGCGAGGUGCGGGACCGGCCAACAAUGGGAGAGGUCGUGGAGGGGAUCGGCGAGAGCUUGCAGCUGGAGACCUUGUCGCGCUCCAUGAGGUGCAGCUCCAUCAGGACAGGCAGCUCGGCGUUUGCUGACAGCGAGCCUGGUGGUACGCUUGAGGCGGCAGAACUGGUCGGAGAAACAUCGGCGCGGUGACAUGAAGCCAUGGAGGGAUUUGAUUACACCGAUUCGUUUCAUUUACUCAGGAGUCUGAAUUAUUAAGUCCAUUAUAUAGAAAUUCAUACUUAAAUUGUUGUGUUUGCCUUGGCAUGUGAUGAAAUUGAUGGCGAGUAGCCAUGGUGUUGGCAUCGUGUACAACGCCCAUGAUCGUGUGAGCUAACUUGAUCAAGGUCGCCUGAUGCGUGCUCAAGUUCA